GUUAUCAAAACCACGAAAGAUAAAUGCCCGAAAUUUUCACACAUCUUUCAGUCAAAAUUUUCAUAUAAAAGAGGUAGCAAGACACAUUGAAAUCAUUGCAUUCUUCUGUUUCUUCCAGUGAAGUCAAAGAAUACUACCAGCUUUCAAUAAUGUCUUCUUCAUCUAACGCCAAAAACCAUCUUCUUCUCUUGUACGAUCGCCCCCAAGAGCCUGUUUUUGUUGCCAAGGGUGACAAAAAGUCGGUCUUCAAAGUUCCUAACAACUAUCUGGCUGAUCGUUACAAGCCUUUGGGGGUUACCCUGCAAAAUCGUUUUGGUGAAGAAGCCGGUGAAGAAAUUGCCGUUAAAAACAUCUCUCUACCGAACUUGGGUGACAUUACAUCUAUUGGUCGACAUGAGAACUUCUCUCUUUUCAUACCUAAACAUCGUAGGCUGGCUGCAAAACUCAUCAACAUCUUCUUAGGAAUGAGAAACGUUGAUGAUCUCUUAGCCUGCUGUGUCUACGCUAGAGAUAAUGUUAACCCCUACCUAUUCAACUACUGCCUCUCUGUCUGUCUCUUACAUCGUGAAGACACCAAAGGUCUUGACAUUCCAUCCGUCAUCCACUCUUUCCCAGACAAAUACGUUGAAAGUUCUGUCUUCACAAGAGCUAGAGAAGAAGCUACCAUAGUGCCUGAUGGUUCAAGGGCCCCAAUCGAGAUACCAAGGGACUACACUGCUUCAGACUUAGAGGAAGAACACCGCGUUGCUUACUUCAGAGAAGAUCUUGGCAUCAACCUUCACCAUUGGCAUUGGCAUUUGGUCUAUCCUUUUGAAGGACCUAGAGAAGUCGUCAACAAGAACAGAAGAGGCGAGUUGUUCUACUACAUGCACCAACAGGUUAUAGCUAGAUACAAUUUCGAACGUCUCUGCAACUACUUGAAGCGCACAGAACGUCUCUUGAACCUCAGAGAGCCCAUCAAAGAGGCUUAUUUCCCCAAGUUGGACAGCUUGGUUGCCAGCAGAAGUUAUCCUGCUAGAGUUGCAAACCAGAGCAUCAGCAACUUGAACAGAGAGGUUGAUCAGAUUCACCAAGACAUAGACGAUAUGGAAAGAUGGAGGGAUAGGAUCUUUGCUGCUAUCCACCAAGGGUACAUUGAAACUGAGAGUGGUGAAAGGAUUACAUUGACUGAAAAUGAGGGAAUCGAUAUUCUUGGCAACAUGAUGGAAUCUAGUAAUUUGUCUCCGAAUAGGACUUUCUACGGUGAUUACCAUAACAUGGGACAUAUCUUCUUGUCUUACAUCCACGAUCCAGAUCAUAGACAUCUUGAAAGCUUUGGAGUCAUUGGUGAUUCCACCACAGCUAUGAGAGACCCCAUUUUCUACAGAUGGCACGCACAUAUCGACGACAUAUUCCAAGAGUUCAAGGCUACAAUUCCUUCUUACCCAGUAGACCAAUUGGCUUACCAAGGUGUAACAGUUUCCAACAUAGAAAUCCAAUCGCAAGGCUCUCCGAAUAACAUGAUUAACACCUUCUGGCAACAGUCUGACGUAGACCUAUCCAGAGGUAUGGACUUCCAGCCUAGAGGACCAGUAUUCGUUAGGUUUACCCAUUUGCAACACCAGGACUUCAACUUUAGGAUCACCGUCAACAACCAAGGUGGCAGCAGGAUGGGAACCUGCAGGAUCUUCAUGGCUCCCAAAUUUGACGAGAGGGGUAAUCCUUGGUUGUUCAGGGACCAGAAGACUAUGUUCAUCGAGCUGGAUAAGUUCCCGGUGAACUUGAGGUCUGGACAAAACACUAUCACCCGUUCUUCAACGCAAUCUUCAGUGACCAUUCCUUUCGAAAGAACCUUCAGAGAUUGGGACACAAACAGACCAGAAGGUGGGGAUGCAUUGGCUCAAUUCAACUUCUGUGGAUGUGGAUGGCCACACCACAUGCUGAUACCAAAGGGAACUGCUGAAGGCUACCAAUGCCAGCUAUUCGUUAUGAUCUCGAACUACGCCAACGACCAUAUUGAGCAAGACGUCGUUGGAACUUGCAACGAUGCCUACUCCUUCUGUGGUUUGAAGGACAGGCUUUAUCCUGAUCGUAGAUCUAUGGGAUAUCCCUUCGACAGGACACCACGUGAAGGUGUUAGGACUCUUCAGCAGUUCUUAACUCCCAAUAUGAGAGUACAAGAUGUUGUGAUCCAGUUCAACAACAGGACCGUGAGACCAAGAAGCAACAACUAAGUUAAUUGAAAAUUUAUAAUAACCAUGACAUGUACCAAGCUUUUUUUCAAUAUAUAUGCUGCAUCCAAUA